AUCCAAAAAAAACAAAAAAAAAAUUCAGUGAACAAUUUUAUCUGAAUUUCAGAAUUAAAAUAAAGUUUAACAAACAGAGGUGGACACAGCUAACCUCGACCCUUAUCACUAAUUAAUUCCUAUGAUAAUAUGGUGAUGAUAAUGUUAUCACAAGGUGUAUUGGAUCCAAUUCUCUGUUCAACUCCAUCAUCACUGAACAACAACAAGAAACCAUUGUCUUCUUCUUCUUCCUCUGUUUCUUCUCUGUUCUGUAGCGAUAACAUCAAUUAUAGAACUGGAAGAAGAAGCUUUUUGAUGGCUUCAAUUCAUAGAACAAACAAUUUUCUACGCCAUUUGGAAUCAAUGAAGAUUCUUCCAUCUGGUGCUGGUUGCAUUCCUCAUUUGAAUGCUGUUAUUCUCGGUGAAUCUCUCGCUACUGAAGAAAAUGAUUAUGUUCUUCCUAGCGAACAAUUCGCUUCCCAAGCAAAUGUUCAGUCUCCAGAACAGUAUUUGAAGAUGUAUAAGAGAUCAAUUGAGGAUCCUGCUGGAUUUUGGUCUGAAAUUGCAUCAGAGUUCUAUUGGAAACAAAAAUGGGGUGAUCAAGUUUGUAAAGAAAAUUUUGAUGUUAGGAAAGGAAAUAUUAACAUUGAGUGGUUCAAAGGUGGGAUCACCAACAUAUGUUAUAAUUGUUUGGAUAGAAAUGUUGAAGCUGGACUUGGUGAUAAAGUAGCUUUUUAUUGGGAAGGGAAUGAACUCGGCGUUGAUGCUACCUUAACAUACACUCAGCUUCUCCAUCAAGUUUGUCAGGUUGCAAAUUACCUAAAAGAUAUUGGUGUGAAAAAGGGAGAUGCUGUGAUUAUUUAUUUGCCGAUGCUUAUGGAGCUUCCUAUCACAAUGCUUGCAUGUGCCCGCAUUGGUGCUGUUCAUUCGGUUGUAUUUGCCGGUUUUUCUUCAGAAUCUCUUUCACAGAGAAUCGUUGAUUGUAAGCCAAAAGUUGUAAUUACUUGCAAUGCUGUUAAAAGGGGCUCUAAGGUUAUCUAUCUGAAAGACAUAGUUGAUACUGCCAUCAAGGAUUCAACUCAAAAUGGGGUCUCUAUAGAUGUAUGCCUAGCUUAUGAUAAUGCAUCUGCGUUGAAGAGGGAAGAUACUAAAUGGACGGAAGGGCGAGAUAUAUGGUGGCAGGAUGUCGUUCCUCGAUAUCCAACUACUUGUCCAGUGGAGUGGCUUGAUGCAGAAGAUCCACUUUUUCUACUCUAUACAAGUGGGAGUACCGGAAAACCUAAGGGUGUUGUCCAUACAACUGGAGGUUACAUGGUAUACACUGCAACAACAUUUAAGUACGCAUUUGACUACAAGCCAUCUGACAUCUACUGGUGUACAGCUGAUUGUGGUUGGAUUACGGGGCACAGCUAUGUCACGUAUGGACCCAUACUCAAUGGUGCAACUGUUGUCCUGUAUGAAGGGGCUCCCAAUUAUCCUGAUGCUGGGCGUAGUUGGAACAUUGUUGACAAAUAUAAAGUAUCAAUAUUCUACACUGCCCCUACGUUGGUGCGGUCCCUCAUGCGUGAUGGUGACGAGCAUGUAACCCGCUACUCGAGGAAAUCUUUACGAGUCUUGGGAAGUGUAGGGGAACCUAUAAAUCCAAGUGCAUGGAGAUGGUUUUACAAUGUAAUUGGAGAUUCAAGAUGCCCUAUCUCUGAUACUUGGUGGCAAACGGAAACUGGUGGUUUCAUGAUAACUCCACUACCUGGUGCUUGGCCCCAGAAACCUGGUUCUGCCACUUGCCCUUUCUUUGGAGUUCAGCCUGUCAUAGUGGAUGAGAAUGGUGUUGAGAUCGAAGGCGAGUGCAGUGGUUAUUUGUGUGUUAAGAGUUCAUGGCCAGGAGCAUUCAGAACUUUGUAUGGUGAUCAUGAACGAUACGAAACAACAUAUUUCAAGCCCUUUGCUGGCUACUAUUUCAGUGGUGAUGGCUGCAGCAGGGAUAAAGAUGGAUACUAUUGGCUUACCGGAAGAGUUGACGAUGUCAUCAAUGUCAGUGGGCAUCGUAUUGGCACAGCUGAAGUGGAAUCAGCUCUAGUUUCACAUCCAAAAUGUGCCGAAGCUGCCGUUGUAGGUGUUGAGCACGAGGUUAAAGGACAGAGUAUAUAUGCUUUUGUUACUCUUGUGGACGGUGUUCCAUACAGUGAGGAACUGCGGAAGGAUCUCGUACUCACAGUUCGAAAGCAGAUAGGAGCCUUUGCAGCACCUGACAAAAUCCAUUGGGCACCUGGCCUUCCAAAAACAAGGAGCGGAAAGAUAAUGAGAAGAAUUCUUAGAAAAAUUGCUUCUAGGCAGUUAGAUGAACUCGGAGAUACAAGUACCCUUGCAGAGCCAAAUGUGGUUAACCAACUUAUUGAACUUGCUGAUUCAUGAAGUCUCAAACUUUGUACCAUUGAAGGUAUAUUACUAGAAAAAUAGAUCAAUUACAGGCUUUGUAGUCAAUUGGAAUUGAGAGAACAAUUUUUACAUUAUACAUAUGUUGUCUGUAUUUUUGAGAAUAAUAAUGCCCAUUUAUGUGAUAAAUAAAUAAUUUAGUUUGAA